AAUCGUGUAGCGCAGCUUCCCUCCUGUAGCCACAACAUAGGCCUACAAGGCACGUCAGCCUCGUCACAUCAUCACCAUGUAUGAAGAGUACGUCUACCUACGUCAACAAAGACAAGCUGGAAAAAAUGAAAGACUUACGACUCCUCUCACAAGGGAAAAAAUUGAGAUGGAUGAGCUGGCGCAGGGGUAUAAGCGAAGAGACUUGCUCCAGACGUACUUCUAUAAAAUUGCAUGUCGUGUGUUGGGGGAACCAAAAACACGGCGGCGGGUGGUAAUCGCGCCGCCAAUGCGUGAGGUGAACAACGCUCAGAAGAGCCCAACGGGUGGACAGCACAGACCAAAGAAAAUUCCUCCCCUGGACCCCGUGCUAACGACGGUAAAUUUAGAGCCAUCGGUGAAGCGGUGGGCAGGUUUCCCCGGAGUUAACGAAACAGAAGAAAAUUGGGUUAAACACCGGAAAGCAUUUCGUCGGACGUUGAACGGAAUCGGAAAUGUGACUCAAUGGAUAAAUAACAAGCCCACUGUUACUGAACUGGAGCUUAAAGUUGCCGAGAGGGAGAAGACGAGGCCGGAAAGUCACCAAGUCCGGGCUGAGCGCCCCAUGUCACCCGAGUUGAUGCCUUUACAACAUCGCAUUGCAUCGCUGGUUUUACGCGUGCGUGCACAAGCUCCGGAUGGUACAGAUGUGGAUCGCGAGCUGUCACCCGAUUAUUCAGACAUUCUGAAAUACUACCAGCAACGCAGAAAGAGAGCUAUGACAGAGGACGAGGUGCUGUUGCUGCUCCGUACGGUGGGCUCGGGUAGCCCCCUGGAGGACGCGCACUCCUCCCCCUCCACCUUGGCCGGUGCCCCUGGCCGCAGCAUCGACCACUACAGACGGCAGGCCCUAGGAGAGUACCUGGACUCUCUAGAGAUGUGCAGGCAGCACGGGGUCAACGUCACCCAAAGCAGCAUGCAGAGAGUGCUUUUGCACCCGGGAGAUAAGGUUGUGCAGUUGCCUGUGGGAGGGGGCAUCAGGCAGGCGGGGGCCAGUCCCAUCCAGGGCUGUGGGGGCCGUCUGCGGGGGGGGCAGGUCAGGAGCACGGGCCCCGUCUCCAGGGAAGAAGAGGUGGUGGUGGUGGAGGAAGAGGAACCGCGCAGGAGAAUACGCAUGGAAAAGUCCCUGUAUCCCUUUGAGCGAGCAGUGAGGAAAGAGCCCAAGGUGAUGAGUCUGUCUACGGGUCGAGCUGAAAUCCGCCACAAGACAGAAUGCUGGCUCACUAGAGAGGAGUAUGCCCUGCUCAGUGGGAAACAGAUGAGCACUCGGCGAGCCGACCCCAAUGCCUUCUGGCCGGGCCAAGAUGACCACAUCCGCCUGUACCAGCCCGAGGUGGGCAUCCCCCCUGAGACCUGCCUGUUCGAGUGCGUGAGCCGGGAGCCUGCGCCCGCCGUCGGGUCGUGGCCACUCAAUGACAAGGGGUACUACACCUCUGGGGACAUCGACGGACGGAAAGCUUAUGCCUUAUAAAUAUAUUCCUUUACUUUCUUUAUUGUUUGGCUGAAAGCCUCCUUUCAGAGAAGAAUGAAUUGUUUUUUCUUUUUCGUCUAAUGAAAUUUUGCAACUCUUGACCA